AUGUUUGACUGCCUCAGACCUGGCAUCCCUUUCUGCCAGGCUGCCACCGGAACACAUAAACGCCCCCCUCCCUUCUUCCUCUACGGAUGCUGCAGUAAAGUUGGCCGCGCGUGCGCAAUUUCGGUCCUCUUUUUCUUGGAAGCACCCCUGACCCAUCGCACCAUGGCAGAUCCCGAUCUUGACUUCACGACUGGCGAGUCUGGCGCCUCCGCCACUUACCCUAUGCAGUGCUCUGCUCUGCGUAAGAACGGGUAUGUGGUGCUGAAGGGACGUCCCUGCAAAAUUGUGGAGAUGUCCACCUCCAAGACCGGCAAGCAUGGACAUGCCAAGGUUAACCUGGUUGGUAUCGACAUCUUCACCAACAAGAAGCAUGAAGAUAUGUGCCCCUCCACCCACAACAUGGAUGUUCCCUCCAUUAAGAGGAUAGACUACCAGUUGGUCAACAUCAAUGAUGGCUACAUGUCUUUGAUGAGCGACAACGGUGACAUCAGGGAGGACCUGCGUGUCCCUGAGAGUGAAGUGGGCAAGGAAAUCGAGGCAAAGUUCGAAGCCGGUGAUGAAUUCAUGGUCACCGUGAUUUCUGCCAUGGGGGAGGAAUGCGCUGUCGCUACCAAGGUCUUGGCCAACAAAUAGGGAGACGGACUUUGCUGCCCAGGCAACAAGCACCACCCAUAACCAGUCUCUUGCAUUCUCAUUGGUUCUGUCACCAAAGCGUCGGCCUUCACAGACAACCUCAAUCAUUCUGUUGUGAUUCCCAUCAUUGAUCUUUUUUUUUCUCCCCCUUUCGUUUCUCUUUUCCAUUGCUGUUGGGUAGUUCCACUGCAGCUCGCUGCGUGGUCCUCUGCCUGAUCACUGAGGUUUUGUUUGGCAAACAAUCUACUUUAUAUAAAACAACUUCAAAAAUAAUGAUCAGUUGCUCAUUCCUGCUUAUUUUUGCCUUCAAAGUGUUGGUUUUGCCACUCACAUUCCUGAAUGUUUAAAUAACAACGGGAUUCAGCUUUUGUAUGAUUAUUUUUUUAUAUUCUUGAAUAUAGCAGGUCUAAAGCCUUUUAGAGGGAGUGGGAGGGGAGGGGGGGCAGUUUUUGAGUUAUUAAAGCAGUGGGAGGGAGGGGUAGCCCCUGUAGAUGCUAAAUUCUGGUUUAGGCCGUCCCUCUAGCAGCCAUACCGCUUUCCAGCAUGGCCUUUGCUCUGGUUCCUGAGUGGAUUGGGCUCGACAAGGUCCGUUUUUCCUCCUAACCGCUGGGAUUGGUGGUGGCUAGCACUUAUGAGCACUUGAGGUCCACCCCAGCAUGUCAAAGCUCUAAAACCAAGAAAAGAGAAGCGUUCUUUUUUUUUUUUUUUUUUUUUUUCCUCCCCUCUAAGAACAACAGAAACAAACUUCAGUGAUUUACCCUCGUGAUGCCAGUCUCUUGUCUGUGUAGAAGUUUGAGGGGCGUGAGGGUCCUGUGCGCUCACACCUCUCGUCCACCGGGGCAGUCGAGGGCUCGCCCAGCUGCCCUGGCCAUCCCCCAAUACAAAAGGAGUGUUAUAUUUUGUUUUGAGAGGCAUGAGUGUGUAGCGGUGUGGGCCUCCGAAAUGUGGGAGGCGGUUUGCAGUGAGGCGUGUGUUUCUUUUGAGGGACUCGAUCGGGUUGGGGAGGGUGGUAGAGUUGCAAACUUUUUGUUCACUCGAGGCCUUUGUCACCUGACUGGAGAUGGCAAAAAUAAAACGAUGAAACAAAUGGACAAAAACUGCAAA